AUGACCAAUUAUGUUCGUAAUGUCGCUUUGACUCUCACUGAUAAACUUAUUUGGCGUCCUGCAAAAAAUGAAGACCAGGUGUAUAAUUACAUAUUACAAAAAUCGCCUUCUUCACGUGCCCGUUGUAGAAAAUGUUCACAAUGCAUUGACAAAGGCGAGUUCCGUUGCGGCAUUCCUGUAAGAUUUGCCGGUGGAGAGAACGGGUGGAUUUCAGCGUGGCAACAUUUGGGGUGCACACGACUCGAGGAGAGCGAAAAUUUGACUAAAGUAAUGCAUGGGUUUGCCCAGUUAAAGGAAAGCGAUAAGGAAAAAGUAAUUUUGGAAGUUACUUCCUCUGAAAUUCCUGAACAUUUAAAAUCCCUCGACACAGAGGAUUUGAUUAAACGUAUGAGGCUUGAAGAGGCGGAAACACCAAAGGAAGUGCUAAGAACCUUGCUUCCUUACCAAAAGGAGGGUCUGAAUUGGAUGCUAGCUCAAGAACACUCUGAUACAAAGGGGGGAAUUUUGGCAGACGAGAUGGGAAUGGGAAAAACAAUUCAAAUGAUUUCACUUCUUGUUGCUCAUCCUGUUCCUGGGCCCACACUCAUUGUUUGUCCGGUAAGCUCCAUGUUACAAUGGGAAUCAGAAAUAAAAGAACAUGUUGUGUCAGGUAAGCUUACAGUUCUAGUGGUUUAUAAAACAUCAAAAAUUAAAAGGGAAGACAUAGAGAACGCCGAUGUGGUCCUCACAACAUAUCCAAUGAUUGAACAAGCCUGGCGAUUGCUUGUAAACCGUACUAAAGUUCCAUGCCCAUAUUGUGGCCAACUUUUUCUUGUCCGACAGCUUAUCGUGCACAACAAAUAUUUUUGCUCGCCAAAUGCAAAGAAGACAAUCAAACAGCUAAAACGUGAAAAGGGAAAAGGCAAAGUUGCAAACAGAAAAUUUCAAUCUGAAGCAACAGUCAAGAAGGGUCUUCGAACAUUGCAUAUUGAUAUAGACAAUACCGAAGAACCUGAGCUAAAGUACAUAGAGGAAGAAAAUCGACUUGAAGGUAAGUCUAGACCUAUAAUGGGGCCCAUGGGGAUGUACCAGGAGCUUAUGCGUGAGGCAGGAAGGACCGUACGCAGUCGAUGGGAACAUGCCCGGAGGCAUUCUAGUAGCAGUGAGAGUGAUGAAUCCAACGACAGUGCGGAGUCAUCUUCCACAGAGUUUGACAGUGCGGCUCAACAAGCUGAAGAAGAAGAAGCUGCACAUCGCAAAGCAGAAGAAUUGGCCAUGCUUGAUUCUUUCCGUUGUGAUAAAUGUAGUUUUCAGUAUCUGCGCUACCCUUUUUGUCCAAAGACUGGCCAAUAUCACGUCAUCCCAGAGGCGUUGAGAAAGAUGACAGAAUUAGACACCGGAGGUGACAAAGUUGACCUGGAUACUUCUAUGUUUCAUUCACUAAAAUGGGCUCGCAUAGUUUUGGAUGAGGCCCAUCGGAUUAAAGGACGAACCACCAGUACUGCACGCUCCGCAUUUGCCCUGGAAGCAGUGUACCGCUGGUGUCUCACUGGGACACCGUUGCAAAAUCGAGUUGGUGAUCUUUAUAGUCUUCUUCGGUUUCUUCGUAUCAAACCAUACUCUCACUAUUUCUGUGGAGUUGAUGCCUGCUCUUGCUCCUCUCUUUCACACCCUUUUUCAGGGACAUCGCUCCAUGAGUGCAUUUUUUGUGGUCACGGUCCUGUCCAGCAUUAUUCAUACUUUAAUCGACUAAUUCUCAACCCGAUCAAUCGUUAUGGCUACAUUGGUGAAGGGCGCAGGGGGAUGAUGUUAUUAAGUAACGAUGUCUUUUCCAAGGUGAUGCUUCGCCGAACAAAGAUGGAGCGUGCAGAAGAUCUGCACCUACCACCUUUAAAAAUAAAUAUUCAACGCAUUCAGCUCUCAAACGAGGAGCGAAACUUUUAUGAGGCGCUGUACAAAAAAUGUACAGCUGAGUUUGACACUUUCGUAGGCAAGGGAACGAUUUUGCACAACUAUGCGCAUAUUUUCCAGCUUCUGAGCCGAUUGCGUCAAGCGCUUGACCACCCCUUGCUUGUUAUGCGAGGUAUGAAUAUUGGUCCUGUGGUAUACAAAAAGGGACUCUGUGGAAUUUGUGGUGAGGGUGUUGAGGGAGAAAAAACCUUUAAGGCUCAUCCGUGUCGACAUACCUUUCAUUGUCUAUGUCUCAGUCAGUUUCUAGAGAGUGCCCCAGACAGGGACUAUCAUUGCCCUAUUUGCUUUGUUCGUAUUAACGUAGACCUUAGACAAUUGCGUCUGGAGUGGAAUGAGGACGAAGACGCUGGUGCCGCUGCCCUCCCACCCGAAUUACAAGAAAUGGACGAUGAAGAAUGUGAUCAAACUGAGGCAAACGAAGAGGAUGAAGAUAAAACUAAGGUGAAAGCAGAUGAUGAAAAAAAAGGAAAUAAUUUUCAAAAUUCUAGCCGCACUAAAGCGAGCACCAGGUCGUCUUCACCAAUGUCAACAAAAAAAAGCGAUAGAAAUAUCCUCUCUAGGCUUGACCCUAACAAACUCCUGCACGGCACAAAACUUGAUGCUAUCACCAAUUAUAUUGAACAAAUCCCAGCAGAUGAGAAGGUUAUAGUAUUCUCUCAAUUUGGUGAUAUGCUGGAUCUCACGCAGUAUUGGCUCCAAAAGCGCUUUAUAAAGUCCGUAAAGUUGUGUGGCACUCUGACGCUUUCGCAACGACAAGCGGUGCUACAGGCAUUUUUGCAUGAACCCACUGUUCGUGUUAUUCUAAUCUCUCUCAAGGCCGGUGGAGAGGGUCUCAAUCUUCAGAUUGCAAACCAUGUCGUUCUAAUUGACCCGUGGUGGAACCCAGCGGUGGAGAUGCAAGCUGUGCAACGGGCGCAUCGUAUAGGUCAGACCAAACUGGUUGAUGCCGUGAGGUUUGUGACUGAGAACUCAAUAGAGGAACGCAUGGUCGAACUGCAGGACAAAAAGAUGCUUGUUUUUGAAGGAACUAUCGACGGAAAAAUGCAAUCCCUCAGCAAGUUAUCUGAAGAAGAUUUACAAUUCCUCUUCACGCGUUAA